AUGUCCACAACAAAUUUCAGUAGCGGUGGAAGUCACACGAAAUCAUUUCAAGAACUGCAAUGCUCUCCCUCUUUGGUGAGUGGGCUUCAACAACAACUAUCGAUCUUCUUCGUAGCGGUUGACAUUUUCCUCUCCAUUACGGCAUUUGCUGGGAAUUCUCUCAUCCUUGUUGCCCUUUCCAAAGAAUCUCCCCUACAUCCGCCGUCCAAACUCCUGUAUCGUUGUCUGGCAACCACUGAUCUGUUGGUUGGGCUUGUUCCCCAGCCUCUCAAUGCUCUCUACUGGGUGUCCGUGUUUCAAGAAAACUGGAGCCUUUGUCGCUACGCAUUUGACGCAACCAUAACCACAGCCUAUGUAUUGCUUUUAGUGACUCUGAUGACGAUGACGGCCAUAAGCGUGGACAGACUUCUCGCCGUGAUGUUGGGACUGAGAUACAAACAAAUUGUAACUUUGAAGCGCACGUAUAUUAUUUUAACUACCUUCUGGGUUUUUAACCUUGUCGCCUCUUUAAGUGGAUUUUUUCAUCACCCUAUAAUCUUUCUGUACAGCUCCUUAGUUACAUCAUUUUGCCUGGUAAUAUCACUCGCAUCGUACGCAAAGAUUUUUUGCAUUCUAAGAUAUCAUCAAGCGCAAGUGCGAGAUAAACAGCCGGCGAGCCAAACAAAUACACUGAACAUGGCGCGAUUCAGAAAGGCAGUAGACAGUACACUGUGGGUGCAGUUAGCAUUAGUUGUUUGUUAUACACCAAUAUGUACAGUGUCAAUUGUGAUCGCUCUUACUAAAAAAUACUCAUUACUCUUAUUCGUCACACAGAAAGUAACAGUUAUUUUACUUUACUUUAACUCGACCUUAAACCCGUUCCUAUACUGCUGGAAGAUUAGUGAAGUGAGACAAGCAGUGAAGCAGACAAUUAGAGAAGCACUUUGCUGA